CCGCGGAGGGGCCGCCCCGCUGGUGCCAGCGGUGGGCGACUCCCCGGGACGCGUCCCCGGGGCGGGGGGCUGAGGGCUGGCUGGGGACCCCCAGCACCCCCCGUCCAUUUGCCCCCCUCCCCGCUGACACCCCCUGAGCUGGGGCCACGGGGCGGGGGGCUGGGGUGGGGGCUCCCCGCUUGAACCCCCCGGGGACCCUUGCUGUUUCUCCCACGCACCCACCCACCCACAGCAGCCCAGCCCCGCCGAGCGCCGGACCCGCGCCGGACCCGCACCGGACCCGUGCCAUGAGGGAGAGCUUCGACGCCCUGCACGCCCUGGGUUCCCCCAUGGCCAAGCCGGAGCCGGUCCCGCUGGCAGAGCGGGCGGAGGAGAUGGAGGCACCGGGCUGCGCCGGCUCAGCACGGCUGGUAGUCCCCAAGGCGGAGGCGAUCCCCGAGGGCGACGGAGAGGAGCCGGGGGCUGCGGGGGAGCUGGGGGGCCUGGAGCACAGCUGCUCAGGUGAGGAGGACUGGCUGGUGAGGAAGGUGAAGGUGGAGGAGGAGUAUGAGGAGUGGCCGGCCGGCCCCGGCACCGAAGCCCUGCUGGCGGGGCAGCCCCCGGCCGGCGCCUUCCUCCAUGCCGCCGGCGUGCCGGGCUGCACGGGCGCCUGCAAGCCAGAGCAGCCGUGCCCGGAGGAGCUGGGUUACGGCGGGCUGCCCGCCUUCGCCCUGCCGCCCUGGCCGCUGCUGGGCCAGAGCCCGGCCGGUGCCGGCGCCGACGGCUGCGAGCGCUGCUUCCAGGCGCGGCUCAGCCUGCGGCUGCCGGCGGGCGAGGGCGAGCCCCGGCCCUGCGGGGGCUGCGGGACCCCGGCCCCCCCGCGCCCCUUUGCCUGCGCCCAGUGCGGGAAGGGCUUCGGGAAGAAGGCGCACCUGACCCGGCACCUGCGGGUGCACACGGGCGAGCGGCCCUUCCCCUGCAGCCAGUGCGGCCGCUGCUUCCGCCAGAAGAUCCACCUGCGGUCCCACCAGAAGACGCACACGGGCGAGCGGCCCUUCCCCUGCCCCGAGUGCGGCCGCCGCUUCCGCAAGAAAACCCACCUGGUGCGGCACCAGCGUACCCACACCGGCGAGCGGCCCUUCCCCUGCGCCCGCUGCGGUCGCUGCUUCGCCCACAAGCAGCAUCUCCUCCGGCACCAGCAGCUGCACGCCGAGCCGGCGCCGGGGGACGGGGACGGGGGGGUCCCCGCCGAGCAGAAGCCCUUCCCCUGCCCCGAGUGCGGGAAGAGCUUCAGCUGGAAGAAGAACCUGGCGUCCCACCGCCGGCUGCACCGGGAGGGACGGCCCUUCGCCUGCGCCGAGUGCGGCCGCGGCUUCAGCGACAAGCGGCACCUGACGGCGCAUCUGCGGGGGCACAUGGGGCUGAAGCCCUACGCCUGCCCCCACUGCGAGAAGACCUUCAGCCACAAGCCCAACCUGACCACGCACCAGCGCACCCACACCGGCGAGCGGCCCUUCGCCUGCCCCCACUGCGCCCGCGGCUUCGCCCACAACCAGCACCUCCUGCGGCACCUGCGGGUGCACACCGGCGAGCGCCCCUUCGCCUGCCCCCAGUGCGGCCGCUGCUUCAGCUCCCGGCCCAACCUCAUCGCCCACGCCAAGGCGCACGCCGGCGCCCGGCCCUUCGCCUGCGAGCAGUGCGGCCGGGGCUUCAGCCGAAAGUCCCACCUGGCCCGGCACCAGGCGGUGCACACCGGCACCCGGCCCCACGCCUGCGCCCAGUGCAGCAAGCGCUUCAGCUCCAAGACCAACCUGGCGCGGCACCAGGCGGUGCACACCGGCCACCGGCCCUACAUCUGCACCCAGUGCGGCAAGAGCUUCAGCCGCAAAACGCAUCUGCUGCGCCACGAGCGCACCCACCUCGGCGCCGGCCCUUUCCGCUGCGCCCAGUGUGGGAAAGGUUUCCGUCAGAAGCAAAGCCUCAUCACGCACGAGAGGAUCCACACCGGAGAGAAACCCUACAGGUGUGGGGACUGCGGGAAGAGCUUCAGCCAGCGGCCCAACCUCCUGACCCACCGCCGCGUGCACACAGGGGAGCGCCCCUUCCCCUGUGCCCAAUGCGGCAAGAGCUUCAGCCAGAAGGCCAACCUCCUGGCCCACCAGCGGAUCCAUGCUGAGGACACCCCCUUUGUCUGCCCCGAGUGCGGGAAGAGCUUCCGACAGAAGCCCAACCUCAUCACCCACCGGAGGAUCCACACCGGGGAGCGUCCCUUCACCUGCUUCCUCUGCGGCAGGAGCUUCAACCAGAAGACCAACCUGGUGACCCACUACCGCGUGCACACGGGGGAGCGCCCCUUCGCCUGCACCCAGUGUGGCAAGCGCUUCACCCAGAAAACCAACCUGGUGACGCACCAGAGCACCCACACGGACCUCCGUCCCUACCCCUGCGGGCAGUGCCAGAAGUGCUUCAAGGACAAAGUCUCCCUCAAAGCCCAUCAGAAGACUCAUGCCCCGCGCCAGCGGCGCUGCCCGGGCCGCAGCCCGGCUGCCGGCCUCCCCUACGGGGCUGCGCCCACCCUGCUCCAGCCCGGGGGUCCCGAGCCGGAGGCCCCCUUCAGCCCCAUGCCAACGCUGCCCGUUCAGAAGAUCGCUGAGGGCCAAGAGCUGUACUCGUGUACGGAGAAGAGCUUUCCCCCCAAGGAGCCGCUCCUGCCGCACCAGCAAGCCCCCCUGGGUGAGCAGACCUUCCCCUGCGUCCAGUGUGGGGAGGGGUUUUGCCAGAAGGUGACUCUCCUCCGGCCGCAGCACAGCCCUGCCGCCGAGGCUCCCGGCGGGUGCGCGGCAGCCUUCAGCCACGGCCCGCACCUCCUGGGGCACCUGGGGGUGCAGCCUGUCCUCGGGGAUGCGACCCCCCCAGCUCCCCCGGCCCCCGGGGUGGAGAAGCCCUUCAUCUGUAACCAGUGCGGCAAUAGCUUCGGCCUGUGGCUUUCCCUCGUGGCCCACCAGAAGACCCACAUCGGGCAGAAGUCCUACCCGUGCCCUGAGCACGACAAAAGCUCCGGUGAUGAGCUGUCCCCCAAAGCUUCCCAGGAGAAGCAGGUGGAGGGGAGGGCCUGGGUGUGCCCCGAGUGCGGGCGAAGCUUUGCCCAAUACGAGCGUUUGGUAAAGCACCGGCAAAACCACCGGGGCAGAGGGCCGUACCGCUGCGACGUCUGCGGGAAGAGGUUCAGCCUGAAGACCAACUUGGUGACCCACCAGCGCAUCCACACCGGCGAGCGUCCCUUCACCUGCGGCGUCUGCGGCCGGCGCUUCAACCAGAAGGGGAAUCUGGUGACCCACUACCGCACGCACACGGGGGAACGCCCCUUCGCCUGCCCCCAGUGCGGCAAGCGCUUCGCCCAGAAGCCCAACCUCAUCGCCCACCAGAAGACCCACACCGGCAGGCAGCCCUUCACGUGCCUGGAGUGUCCCAAGCGCUUCAAGAGCAAGCUCUCCCUGCGGGUCCACCAGCGCGUGCACGCAGCGGAGAGACCCCAGAGCGAGCCGGGCCAGGCCCCUGGCCUGCAGACCCACCCCGGCAGCCCCUAUCCCUGCUCACUCUGUGGGGAGACCUUCGAGGAGCACGGGGAGCUGCAGCUGCACCGGCAGGGCCACGCCGGGGAGCGGCCGCACGCCUGCGCCGAGUGCGGGAAGCGAUUCCGGCAGAAGGUGAAUCUGGCCGUUCACCAGAGGACCCACACUGGCGAGCGGCCGUUUCGCUGUGCCGAGUGCGGGAAGGGCUUCAGCCAGAAGGCUCACCUCCUCCGGCACCGCAGGACGCACACCGGUGGCAUCCCGCCCUCCUGCUGCGAGGGGACGUGCCCGGCGCACCCAGAGGAGUCGGACGGGAGCAGCACACCCCUGGGAAAGGGGUCUGACCCCCCCAGCAUGCUGCUGCCCCCCUGCUCUCGUGGAGCUGCUCACGGAUCGCUGGCUCGGGAGGAGCUUCGGCCAGGAACGCAGCCCCCCAACAGACCGGAGAGCCCCUCCGGGGCAGCAGACAUCCUCCUGCAGCUGAUGCAAGAAGACCACCACCUCGUGUCUGGCUCCCACCACCCGCAGGAGGGACCCGCAGGGCAGUGCCCCUGUAAGUGCACCGAGGGAGGGGAAGGCUUGAGCCCGAAGCCGCCGAGCCUGCCGCCGCAGUGCUGCUGUGCUGACUGCGUGAGCCAGCGGCAGCUGCUCCUGAAGCCCCAGCCCGACUGCCGAGCGGAGCUCUGGUGCAAGUAUGGUGGCUGCGGCAGAAGCUUUGAGGAGAAACGAGUCCUGAGAGUGCCUGAGAGAGCGCACGGUGAAGAGAAACCCUCGCCGUGCCCCAGCUGCUUGUAAUGCCUGCGCAGGCUGCCGAAAACCUGCCUCCGGGCGAGGGACUGGACCUCAUCAGCCUUGCACUAAAAGACACCAAACCUAAAGCAGCGGCAGCUCACGCUGAGGACCGAUCACUGACCAAAUGAGGACAGUGCCGAGGGAAAGCCGCAAGCUGGGACUCGUGGUGCUUGCCAGGACGUGGUGGUGGUGGUGGGGACUCGGGAGGAGCGUGGUGGUUUUGGGAACAGGAGGCUCAGAGGACCCUACAGGCGGGUAUCGGAUGGGGUGAAGCAGGAGGUGGACUCAGAUGUGCCGUGUGAGCUUUCUGUCUCAUGAACAUACCAAAUCUAUAGAGGGUAUGGAGCUGAGGAGCAGUGACAGGACCCAGGAUCCGCAGUGUUUGCUCCUGCUGCGGCUGCACGGGCUGUAGGGAGCAGGAGGAGCUUGGGAUCCAGGAUCCCUUGGCUUAAAAACCUCUUCCGUCGUGCAGCAGGCCCAGCAGCGGCACGCCUGCCUGCUCCUGCCUCCAGGUUCGGUGGGUGACACACAGACCCAGAGACAGCCGUGGGGCAGCGAGGGGCCUCUGUGGGUCAAAAGCUUCUCCCAGAACCCUCCAUCCUUCUCUUCCGGACUGGAUGUCAUUCCACAAGGACGCGUUUGGGAUGGAGAGCCGAGACUCCCGCCGUCAGCUGCCCACCGGCCUGGGCAGAGGAGGAACAGCUUGGCUGGGCGGGAGGAGCGAGCCGCAGGAGGCAAGGCGAGCUGGGGAGAGGUGCCAGGGCCCUUUUUGCCGUGGAGGUGACCUCCUGCCGAUGCUCCCCAGCCAAACGCAGCAGGAUCCAGCCUGUGGCUUCCCCGGGGGUAGAGCAGAGGAGCUGGGUGAGCACCGUGAAAAUGGGAAACAGCCGGGAAGACAGCCUGGAAGCGUCUUGGCUCACCUCUGCUUCCGAAAGGGACCCGGGAGAAGCCUCUCCUCCAAGCCCGGAGGAGCCGUGCAGGGUGAGGGGUGGGGUGGGGAAGGGGGGGUGUAGCUUGUGCUUCUCUACUUGCUCUGUGGAUAAUCUUUCUGACUAGCACCUCUUUCUGGUAUUCAAUUAACUUCUGAAUAGGUAACCCAGACACGCCGGGAGAGCAGUAGCGGCUGUAGUCUGCCGGAGCCAUUGCGGUAGCUUGCGGUGGUGAUGUCUACCCAUUUCCCUGCCCAGCAUGGUGUCCCAGCUGCCGCGGGGCUGCCGGCAGCAGCGGGGGGCACCGGUUGCUUGCUGGGGCUUGCCUGGCAUCUCCGCUUCCCCGUGAGUGUGGCAGAGCCCGUGACACUGGGAGGCGAAGCUGCGGAGCCGCUUCGCCAGGUGCCUGGGGAAGGGAUGUCGGGGCAGAGCUUUAGAAACGGGAACUGUGCGCCUGAAAGCUGUUCUUGCUUUGAAGGGCGUUUUAUCCAAAAGGGGAAACGAAUCUUGCCUGCUGUGUCUGAGGGAAGCCGUUGUCCCACCGCUCCCCUCCCGCAUGCCGGCAGCCAUGCCCCAGCUGUGGCGUAGGAACCGUGUCUCGCUGUGCUCGGCUGCGGAGCCUUGCGGCUGCGACCGUUGGGCAAAGACCUGCCUUGAAAACAGGGGAUGGUGUUACCGGAGCCAAGCUCAGUGCCGCGCCGCUCGCUGCCAGCGCCCAGCUACUCGCCUGCAUUUUGGGGGUGUAUCCUAGGGGGGGUAGCAUAAGGAAAGGCUUUGUCAUCUGCCAGGGGCCAGGGCGGCAGCUGAGGGGACACUGGGACUGUCACAACUGGAGUUUCAGCUGGGGUGAGGCACCCUGAGCCGAUGAAGCAGCUGGGUGGGAGCUGCCUGGCAGAGGGGUCCCGGCACCCAAAAUCUAGCAGGCCAGGGUGGGUGUCUGCCCCCAUCCCCUCCUUGCCCACCCCCCCCCCCCCCAGGGCAGACAUGCCACCCUCCUCCCCUCCGUUCCCUUCCAGCAGCAUUUCAGGUCCUUGCAAUUCUAUUUUUUUGAGGUUAUUUAAAAUAAAAGCUUUCUCACAGCAGG